CCCUCCCUCCUUGCUUCGCACCACAAAAACAAAUGUUUCACUGUCUCGUCUGACAGGAACAUUCAGUAAUAACAGUGUUCCUCCCAUGCUGGGGCUGGUUCCAGCAACAGAACAAACAAAAAAACAAAAACAAGACGCAGAUGCGAUCCCUUGUGAUGAAGAUGGGAUGAACAUGAAGAGAUGAGAGACAGAAGCCAUUGGACGGAAUACAAAGGUACUUGCUUUAUUAGAGCUUUACAGAAUCCUCCAUUGUGACCAUUUCUGUUUUCUUUAGAGGGAACUGUAGACUGAUAAUAAAAAAAUAUCGAUUUCUCACUUUUAUCUCGGAAGAGAAAAGGAUGGAGCAAAAUAAAACCCGAGGUGCGCAUCGCGGCGGUGAGAAGGCGAACAUGGGGGCGAUGUAUUGAAGCGUUAUAGUGCGAGAUGCCUACAGGUCGUGGUGAUGGAAGUGAAAUGAGAUUGCGUUGCUUGUCGUGCGUUUAACAGGCUCGAUUAUGCGCCAGCCUCUGCAGUGACUGAACGCUUUUUAUUUUUACCUGCUGAAACACGAUGACUGCAUUGGUGAGCUGUAGCUGGCGGUGAGAGGAAGGAAACCCGCGCUACUGGCUUGUUCGUCUGCAGCACCACGGACAGCGACAAUGACUCGGCUCCGUAGGAAAGCUCUCGUGGCACUUUUCCUCUUCACGCUCUUCAUUUUCGGGGCCAUGAUGGGGCUCAGGACGCUGAAGCCCAGCGACGGCUUCUCGGACCUGGCCCCGGGCAUGGACUUCAUCGAGGAGCGAUCCGACAGGAGGCGGCUGGACGUGAAAGACGCGGUGGCGGCGGCGGCGGUGGUGUCGCCGGGCCAGUUCCACAUGGGCAGCAGUGACACUAAGGUGGUUUUCACCAAGUCGGACCGAGAUUACAGCAUUUUCUACGACGUGCAAAUAUUCUACUACCUGUGGUACGGCUCUCCCGGCAUGGACAACAAGUACAUCCACUGGGAUCAUGUGCUGGUGCCGCACUGGGACCCAAAGAUCGCUGCCAGUCAUGCCCAAGGAAAGCACACACCUCCAGAUGAUAUCGCCUCAAGUUUUUACCCUGAGCUGGGACCCUACAGCUCCAGGGACCCAACGGUGCUGGAGUCGCACAUGGCCCAGAUAGAGGCGGCUGCAGCAGGGGUGCUGGUGUUGUCCUGGUACCCCCCCGGGUUGGCAGACGACCACGGGGAGCCCACCGAGGACCUGGUUCCCGCUGUCAUGGACGCUGCCCACAGGCACAGCAUCAAGGUGGCCUUUCACAUGCAGCCAUACAAAGGACGGACGGACCAGAGCAUGCAUGACAACAUCAAAUACAUUAUUGACAAGUAUGGAGAGCACGGCGCCUUCUACAGAUUCAGAUCCAGCACAGGGCGAGUCCUGCCUCUGUUUUACAUCUAUGACUCCUACCUGAUGCCACCGGAGUCCUGGGCGGAGCUCCUGACAAUCAAAGGCUCCCACAGCAUCAGGGGCACACCUUACGACGGCGUCUUCGUCGCCCUCAUUGUGGAAGAGCGCCACAAACACGACAUCCUGGCCAGCGGCUUUGAUGGCAUCUACACCUACUUUGCCUCCAACGGCUUCUCCUUUGGCUCGUCCCACCAGAACUGGAACGUCAUCAAGGCGUUCUGCGAUGGAAACAAUCUUCUAUUUAUUCCCAGCGUUGGUCCAGGGUACGUGGACACAGCUGUUCGGCCGUGGAACAACCAUAACACCAGGAACCGAGUUAACGGACGUUACUACGACACGUCUCUGCAGGUGGCUUUGUCUGUCAGACCAGAAAUCGUCACCAUCACUUCCUUUAACCAAUGGCAUGAAGGCACGCAGAUAGAGAAGGCUGUACCCAAGAAAACAGUGACCCGUUUGUACCUAGACUACCAACCUAACCUGCCGGACCACUACUUGGAGCUCACGCGCCAGUGGGCCGAGAACUUCAACAAGGAGAAGGACAAGUGGCUGAUGUGAGCGGGGCUUUGUUUCCCUGGUAGAUGCCGAGAGCAUGACCAGAAAAGACAUUAAGUCAGCAAAAGACAAUCCGUUUAUGUUUAUCUGCCUACCUUGUUUUGCUCCAACUCUGAGCCCCUCUGAUGAGAUAUCCUCUAAAUGUUCACUCUACCCUUACUGUUUUUAAUCACUAACAUGUUUCUGUACAGGUUAAUAACUGAUAACUGAUAUGUUGAAGCCGUCACACGGACGGACAGAUGAUCAUCGUUUCCCGAUAACAGCUCUGUUCAGUCUCUGUUUGCGACAUCAAGAAAGUGCGUCUGUGUACAGCAACUCUGCUCUGCGGGCUCUUUUUCUUAUUUUCCUAUGAUGAAAGACUGUUCUUUCCUGUAUCUCUUUGAAGACAAAUUAAAAUGUGUGUCUGUU